CCUUAACCUGACUCUGACCAUCAUCUUUCUCUCCGCUGCCUCUCUCUACUGGAAUUUCUUAUCAGUUCAAAACCAAACUGGCACCUUAAAGCCAAGCUAGCUUACUGCUUUCUUUCUCUCUCUCUCUAUCCAAACAGUUACACAAGACACUGUUUUUGGAGUGUAUCAAUGUCUGCGAAUCUUGACCCCAUCGACCUUAAUUCCGACGUCGUGUCAGUCGAACCAGAAGACGAUGUUCAUGGGGUUAGUAUUCUAGAACCAACUGUUAAGCUUCGUUUGUCUGAUGCUGAAACCCUAACAGACUCUUAUGGUCAGACCCAGAAGCCAGUAGUAGACCAAGUUAGAAACUUUGAAGAAGCUAAUGACUUGAAGGGGGUAAUUGUUGAUGGGUUAGGCAAUGGGGAUUUGGAAAGAGAAACGGAGUCUGUUGAUAGAGGAAUUACUUUGGAAACAGAAAUUGGGUCUGUAGAAAGGGAGAGCAAUACGGUUGUUGAUGUCUCUUCUGGAGUAGUCCUCCAGGUAAUUGAAACAAGUCAUGGUGAGGUAGAAGAAAACCAUUCGGGUCAAGUUAAGAAGGAAGUGAAGGUGGGUAUUCCUUCAAGUUCAGCAUUUGAGGAUUCAAUCCAAGUUCAAAAUGCAGGUAAUUCGGGCCCUUUGCCUGGAGUAGUGGAUGUGUUAGUGAAAGAAGCUAGCGCAAAUUUUUUAUUGCCUCUCCAAGAUGUCGGUGAGGUUUGCAAAGAGGUAACUUCUGAUUGUACUGGGUUUCAGGCCAUGGAAUUGGAUGAUCAAGCUAAUACCUCUGAAGUGAUUUGCCAGGAAAAUGAUGAUAAUAAUAAGUCCGGUGCACUAAAUCUUGUAGUGGAUUUGAACCCAUACGUGAGCAUUGAUGGGAAUGAUUUAGGUAAUGUAAAUGUGAAAGUAUCUGCCUCCAAGCUGGAAUUCAGUGUUUCUGACCUUGUAUGGGGCAAAGUGAGAAGCCAUCCCUGGUGGCCUGGGCAGAUAUUUGAUCCUUCUGAUUCCUCAGAGAAGGCAAAGAAGUAUUUUAAAAGGGAUAGCUAUUUAAUUGCAUAUUUUGGGGAUCAGACAUUCGCUUGGAAUGAACCAUCAAUGAUAAAGCCUUUUCGAUCCCAUUUCUCACAAAUGGAGAAACAGAACAACUCAGAGGAAUUUCAUUAUGCCAUUGAUUGUGCUUUGGAUGAGGUUUCUAGACGUGUAGAGUUUGGGCUGUCCUGUCGUUGCAUAUGUGAGUAUAGCAAGAUUAAUACUCAAAUAAUCGUUAAUGCUGGAAUCCGGGAAGAUUCUAGUAGAAGAGUAGGUGGGGAUAGCUUUUCAGGUGCAGAUGCUUUUGAACCUGCAAAACUAGUUGAUUAUAUUAAAGCAUUAGGCCUAUUGCCAUUUGGUUUAAUUGACAGACUGGAAUUUGUAACAACACAGGCCCAACUAUUGGCGUUUUGUCGCUGGAAGGGUUUUUCUCAACUGCCCGAAUUCCAAAUUCUUGGCACCUUGUUGCUGAGUGAUACAGAAAUUGCACAAUUAGUACCAGUAGAAGGGAAGUGUUGCAGUGAAUUGAAUGAAAAUCCUGGUGCUGAAGAUAAAGAUGACAAGCAUGCAUCUUCAGGAAAAGUGGAGUCAAAAUGUCUAGAUCACUCAACUCCUAAGCGUAAGUACAUCUCUGGAGAUAAUGUAUAUCCAAGAAAGAAAGAGAAAAGUUUGGCUGACCUAAUGGCUGAGAGAGGCUUAUCUGUUCCAAAUGGUAAAAGUGGAUUGGGGAUUAGAGCUACUAACAAGGUAACUUCACCAUCUUCUGGUAAGAAAAGGAAGGCUGUUGAUUCCAUUUAUGAUGACUCUUUGGUGAAUCACAGCAAAAUUCUUUCAUCAUCAGGGGGUGGAAUCAACCCUUCUUCACAGCCAAAGAGAACCUAUAGAGUUGGAGAUAGCAUUCUUAGGGUUGCAAGCCAACUGUUUGAACCAACGCCAAUAAGCAAAUCUGUUAAUGGAGUUUCUCCAGAUUCUGCAAUUAGGGAUGAGAGCAAUGAGAAGUCUCUCUCAAGAAAGUCACAAGGUAAAAAACUGUUUCAAAUAGAGAAUUCUUCAUUUUAUGAGAUGGUGUCGCAGCUUUGCUUGGUAGCUAGAGAUCCCAUGGAUGUAUGCAGCUUCUUGAAAUCAGUAGUUAGUUUCUUUGUGGAAUUCAGGAAUUCAGUUUGCCUGGAACAUUUGAAUUCACUGCAGCACAAGUCAUCCUUUCUGGAAUUUCUCUUUUCUGAUAAUAUUGGGAAGGAAUCAAGCAAUUCAGAAACUGAAACAUGUGAAUCAGAGUAUGCCAAAGACUCUUGUUUGCAAGACAUGAUAAUUCAAAGUGUCCCCAAAGAGCUGCCAUCACCUGAGAAUCAGAAUGGAGCUGUAGACAUGCCACCUGAAAGUACAACCAAAAAGGUUAUUCCUCUUAUUGAAUUACAACCUACUGCUCAAUCUAGUCCUAAUUUGGAUUCUGAACAUCAAGGUGCUGGUGAAAUUCUUGAUAUGGAAGCAAUGAAGCCAGUGGAUCACUCGGAAGAGAAUUGUAAUGAUCACUCUCCAACAGCUCUGAUUCUGAACUUUACUGGCCUGGAUUCCAUCCCUUCAGAAUCAAAUUUGAACAAGAUAUUCAGCCGAUUUGGCCGUGUGAAGGAAUCAGAGACUGAAGUGCUGAAGAAGAGUAACCGUGUGAAAGUGGUUUUCUACAGGCGAGAUGAUGCAGAAACGGCUUUCAGCAGUGCUGGUAAAUACAGCAUAUUUGGACCUUCACUUGUUAGUUAUCGCCUCAAGUACAUGCCUUUCUCACGAAGUAAAUCUUCUCCGAAAACAACAAAGAGCAGCAAGAAAAAUGCAAAUUCUGUGGAGGAAAAUACAACUUGAUGCAUCAGACUCUGGAUAAGGAUGCAUGUGGAUGGUUCAAAGCAAGUGCAUCAGUUCUGCUUUAUUGGUUACCAGUGAAUCGCCAUUCAGACAAGGCCAUGUGUGGUGGAGGUUUGAUGCUGAUAUAUACUCUUUGGCAUACACAACACAUUAACAUCACUUGUUGACACUUUAAAGGAGUUGCUUAAGACUACAGUAAAUGACUUGUGAACCUCAAACUAGCUGCUUAGAUUAUCUGUUGCUUAAAUUUAUACUUUAUGCCAUGCCAAUCUGAUAAUAUGUGUAUCCUUUUCAGCUGCGGUUCUGCAGAAACAGGCAAGAGAAAGCUACUUCAUGCAGUCUCAAGUGGCUAAGACUAUAGUGCCAUAAUGUGAAUAUUGUAUUGCUUCUCUUAGGGACAUGUUCAUAUGAAGUUAAAAUAUAAAUACAGAAAUUAGAUGAAUUGGUCAUAAAUAUAAUAAGCUUUAUUAAAA